AUGAAGAUUCCGGUUUUUCUUAUUUUAUUAAUCGUCUUCAUUGAGAAUAAUAUUUCUCUUCAAACUGAAGAUGGAAUACCACUUCUUGAUCGUUCUCAAAUAAAACCUAAAUCUGAUGGUUUUUAUCAUUUAUCAAAUUAUAAAUUUAAAUGUCUUCGACAAUUAGCAAUGUGUUCAUCACAUGGAUGGUCAUUAAGAUUUAAAUUACAUCUUAAUCCAUUUACAAUUAUUGAUCGUGAACGUAAACAUUUAUUAUUUAGUACAGGUGCACAUGAACCACAUGGUGAUGGAAUAUUAAUUUAUUUAUAUCAAUCGAAAAAUACUUCAUAUCUUGAAUUUGGUUUAAAAGAAUUUCGUAAUGAUGAAUUUGCUUAUUAUUGGCAAAUUGAAGCUGAUUUAGAAGUCAAUAAAUCGAUUGAUGUUGUAACAACAAUCGAAAAACGUACAACAUCGACUGGACAACAUAAUCAAAUGACAUUAUUUUUUGAUGGACACAUUUAUAAAGAAUCACAAGCUGAAAAUUAUACAGAAGUAUUUGUAUUUAAAUAUAAUAAUUUACAUCCAAAAGUAGCUCUUAUUUAUGGAAAUGAUACAGGUUUAGCUAUAUUUGAUGAAAUUGUUUAUUAUGAAAGAAUUUUAUCAGAACAAGAAAUUGCUAAUAUUUCUUCGGAUCGUGUCUCACUGGGAUGUUUGAAAGAAAAUGAUCGUGUCCAUCAAUAUAUAAUUCCGGAACAAUAUGACAAAUGGCAACAAUGUCGAGAAGCAUGUUAUGAUCGAAGAAUGAAGGUUGCAUUGUAUUCAUCGAUAAAUGGUCAAUGCGGAUGUAUUUUAAGUACAUUUGAAUUAGAUUCUUCAUUUAAAUAUGAGAAGAAUAUUUGUAAAUGUCCAUUAUCAACAUCAGAGUUAGAUACACCAUGUUUGGAUGAUGGACAAUGGCAUGUGAUAUCCGUAUCAAAUGUUAUUGAUUUAAUUGAUACUCAAGUUGGUCUUGAAAUUCGUUUGGCUGACUCAACUUUUAUUAUUCAUGGUCGAACACGAGUUCAAAUAAAUGAAGGUGUUGAAAUUAUUGUUUCGGUGAAAAAUGAACGAAAUCUUGCUUCAUUAACUGUCUAUGGUGAUAUUGAAGGUCAAGAACCUACAAAUGCUAAUGGAAGUUCAAAUGAAAUUUACAUUACUGCUGGUGUUGUUAAUCUCUCAUGGAAAAAUGAAGGUGCAAAAAAAGUUCAAUUUCGUGCUGAUUAUCGUCGAAUGGUCAAUUAUGAAAUGGCUGAAUAUCAUACAGUUUAUGUCGAUGUUGUUUAUGUAAAAACUGAUUUACCAUUACAAUUUGUUCAUUUUUCACCUGAUAAUCGUAAUGGUCAUCAUUAUCAAAAUUUCACGAUACAAACAUUUGGAAGUGUACCAAUCAAUUGUACAGUUGAUUAUGGUGAUGGAAGUCGACAAUUAAACGGUACAAGUCGUCAUCAAUAUUAUACAGCUUAUUUUGCACGAAAUUAUACACGCUAUGGACAAUAUAAUGUUUCAGCUCGAUGUUAUAAUGAACGUAGUGCAAAUACAACAUAUUUAAUACGAACAAUUCGACGAGAAAAAAUGAAUAGAAAAAUGAUUAUUUAUAAAGAUUUAAUGGAAACAUCAACAGCAAAUCGAUUUAAUUUAAUAUCACGUGAAGAUUAUUCAUUUCAACAAGCUAGUUGUUUAUAUUUACGAAAUGCGAUUACAAAUGAAAAAAUGAAAUUAGUUUGGAGGAAAAAAACUUUGGAAAUUAUUCCAAAUGAGCCAUUACCUGCUGGCAAACAUCUCUAUCAACUUGAAUGUGAUUCUGUACCAUUACAAGCAUAUUAUCUUAAUGUUCAACCAGCAAUACGUUCAUUAGAUAUUGAAGCAUCUCACACAAUAAUAAAAACUGGUCAAUCAAUCCAAUAUUCCAUUACUCUUGAACCUACAUCAGAUUUAACAAUUAUAUUCGAUUGUGGUACACCAAAAAUUCCAUUAGCAAUUAUUCAUAUUCAACAAACAAAUAGAACAUCUCCAAUUGUUGUUGCCAAUUGUACUUAUACUGAAUCUGGUCGAUAUCAUCCAUUAGUUAGUGCAAUGAAUCGUAUAAAUUUAGUAAAUCAAUCAAUACGUAUUGAUGUUGAAGAACCAUUAUCACCAAUUAAAGUUGAAAUUGAAGAUCGUUCAGAUAUUAAUCAAUUAACAUUAAUUACUAUUCGUGCAUUGGAACGUAUACCAUUUGAAGGUUUAUUUUCCUUAACUAUUGUUGGUAGUACAAAUAAUCAUGAAAAAAAUUUAACACGAACUGAACGUAUACAAUUAUUAGCAUCGAAUAAUUUUACUGAACAAUUCUAUAUGAAUAUAACAACAUAUGGUAGACAAACAUUACAUGUACGUGGUGGAGAUUUUCCAACAAUACGUGAAGCACAAGCAACAUUUACAAUUGGAACAGAUAUAACAACAAAACCACAAGUUUAUAUAUUAAAUCAAAUGGCUAUUGUUAAUGAAGAUUUUAUUUGGAUUGAUAUACAAUGGAUUAAUGGAAUUGGUUUUGAUGUACAAAUUGAUUAUGGAAAUGAAAAAAAAGUUUUAAUAUCUUAUGGACAAUUUAUAACAAGUUCAUUUAAUAAAAUAAUAAAGAUAAAUGAUGGAAUACAUGAUAUACAAUGGAAAAGAAUUAAUAAACAACGAUUACAAGUUGGAUAUAAGUUUACAAAAGUUGGUACAUAUAAAAUUGAUGUAACUUUUAUUCAACCAUCAUCAAAAUUUCUUACUGUUGAAAUCGCAUGUCCAACAGUAACAAUUGUUCAAGGUAUAACUCAACCUGAAGAAACAUGUUUUCAAGAACAACAAUUUUCUCUAACUUCUUCAAAUGCUAUUAAUAAUAUAACUUUAUCAUCACCUGUACUUCUUCUACCAUAUAGUCUUCAACAUAAUCUUGAACCAAUAAUAUUAACAACAUGUUCAGAAAAUGAUCUUAUUUAUUCAUUUUAUAUUUUAUCAAUUGAACCAUCUCAAUGGAAAUAUUCUCGUACACAACGUUAUUCACAUCAAAUAACUGCAUCUUUUGAAGAAACAUUUCUCUCAAAAGAUUGUUCAGAACUUGGACCUAAAUCAACAUUAACAAUUGAACCAAAAUCACUUCCAUAUGGUUAUUAUUUAGCUGUUUUUACUAUUAGUACAAGUUUAAAACAAGCUGAUUUUCGACAAUUUAUUCAACCAAUUGAAAUUGUACGUUCAGAUUUCAUAACAACAUUUGGUGGAAAUGAAACAAUAACAAUUGAUGGUCAACAUAUUCAAUUAAAUUUUUAUUCUUCAACAACGGAUCCUGAUACAACUGAAUUUGAUCGUCGUAAACUUAAUUUUACUUUAAUAUGUUAUCCACAAGAUAUGCAAUCCUCUAUCUUCAUUCCUAAUACACUUCAAUUAGGUUCAACAAGAUCAACAGCAACUAAUCCACAAAAUCUUAAUAAUUGGUAUAUACAAUGGAAUAGUUUAACAUUAGUUACACGUCGUUCAGAAUUCAAUAUUCAAAUCUAUGAAAAUCAAUGUUUUACCACGAAAGCACAACAAUCAAAAACAAAAGAAUUAAUUAAUUUUGAUUCAAAAACAAAAAUAUUUAAUAUUAGUGAAAAUGAUUUAGAAUUUGAUAAUAAAACACUUCAUUUCUUACUUAUUAUUCGACAUAUAACUGAUGGAAGACAAUUAAUUACACGUUUAGAAAUUGAUAAACAAAUAAGUUAUGCAUUUGAUACAGCAGAUUUAAAUGCAUUGGAAGAAGUUAUGGGUAAUUUAGAUGAUUUAGCUUCAGCAAAUCCAGAAAAAGCAGUACAAUUAAUUACCGGUUUAGCAGAUAAACUUAAUGAAAUGAGUGAUAAUUCUGUAAGUGAUUCUUUUAUUUAA